AUGUCUCAGUAUCCGAAGCAGCAGCAGCAGUCGCAGGUACCGUCAAUACUUCCAACUGCUGCGUGGAUGUGGAAGCCACGCUCCAAGAAGGUGAUUGAGGGCAAUCUGGGGGGCGUGGCGGCGUCCUUUUUUGGUGUGCGAAACCUUGGAGCGCGGGAGUGGAAGCGGCGCUAUGCGUUUGUUGAGGGAAACGCCGUCUGCUACGGGAGGGGUGUUGGGAGGCGGGAAAAAGUGAUCCCGUUGGAGGCUAUAAGGGCCGCAAACUACGCCACUCGUGAUGUUCUCCUUGCAGCCCAGGCACCCAGAUCCAAGGCGGAUUUUGGCUGGUUCAUGUACAUCAACGGCAAGGAGUUGCUCUUCUGUUGUGAGAAUGAGGCAAUACGGAAAGAAUGGGUCACGUUUAUCCUCGCAGCGCUGCAGCUCAUGAGCGGACUAGCGAGGCCUGUGCCACUGACACCAGGAAGUGAGGGGAGUCACACAAUAUCUGCUUUGGUCGCCAGGUGUAUCGAGCAAGAACGCCGAAGUGCUGUGCUGCAUAGCCGAACGUCCUCCAGGGCAAUUCAUUCAAACGCGAAUGCCUCAAUUGUACGUGGUACUGACGCUGAUGAUGAGGUGAAAUUACACCUCCAGGGAAAGAUGCAGUCUGAGCCGCUGCAAUCUCCGAGGGAGGAAAGGGACGAAAAAACAGAGACAGGGGCAGAGCUUUCGUCUCACACCGCAGAUGAAAACCUCGAGGAUUAUAUGAGUGGCGAAGAGGAGAGUGUCGGCCACGCACUGCGCCUUCCGAUACCGGCAAGUUCAGCGUCACCCAAAGGCCCGGCGGAUAUUCACGCACGCGUCCUCCUCCCCAAGGCCUGGCAACGGUACUCGCAUAUCGAGUACAAGUUGGCGGCCCUGAGUGAACACUUCAAACAAGGAGAUGGCUUGCCGAAUGUCGUAUUUUCUCGAUGUGUUGAGAAGAUUGGGAAGCACGACACAGUGCAGGAGCGGGAUCUCAUCGUAACACCACGGUACCUCUAUCUGAUCGCCCAAAACAGACUUACCGGUGGUGCGUACGCACGGUGCAUUGACACGAGCCAGGUGGUUGGCGUGAUUGAGAGCACAGUAGAGAAAAAUGUUCUGGCAAUUCUCGUUCCCUCCUUCCACGAUGUGCUCAUCCGCUUUCAUAAGCAAAAUUCGCGCGUAGGUGGCGACGAGGCGGAAGUAAAACUACAAUUGAUUGCACACCUUUACAAAAUACAUCUGGAUCACCACUCAGGACAACGUUUUAUUUUCCGCGAGGUUGAAAAUGUGAAGGCUGUAAUAAGGCGUAGCGUGGAUGAACAGCAUUUACCAUUAAUGUCUCGUCCAGAGGACCGCAUGCACGCCGGAACUAACCAGGAACUUUUCCCUAUUUUCCGCGCUCACGCUGAGUCAGUCGUGUUUUGGUCUUCCAUGGUUAUGCGCAUUAAAGAAGAUCGUCAGCUGCAGCUACGGGCAUUGAUUAUCACGGACGGGGCUGUCUACCUUGUCAGCGACACAAUGGUGAAGGUGAGUCACCGCAUCUCAUUAACUGAUGUGCUAACCGUUCAGUUUGACAGGGACUCGCAGAACAUAUUACUGCACUGCACCGAGGUAGACACCCUCUUUACGGUCCAAUCAAGCGGUGAAUUCGCCCGACUUGUUGAGUUGGUGCCGGAAGUGGUGCUGCAGUGCAAUGGCGUUAAGAUAUCUGCUACUCCGUCAAAGCAGUUGUAUGCUCAAGCUCAACUCACAGAAUUGUGCAAGCUGAAGGAUUCACCCAGCCCUCAGACAGCUAGUGAUGCUGUCAAGAGGAGUAUUAUGAUCCCGCGGCGUGUGCUAUCGUCUGUGAAACCCGUGUGGCUUAGAUCUUACUUCGGUAAGCUGAAAGGCAACAGAGCGGAGACCCCGGUUGUGGGGGCAGACGACUUGGAGAACGACUUGCUGGAAAAGACACCGGGGAGUCGCGAAUUCUUGGUGCAGUACCGCUUCGUUGAGGAGCUCAUCCUUGAAUUUGAAGAUGAGUGGCGAAUGCUUCUAGGGACACCAUCCCUGAAAAUGGAUAUGUUGGCGCUUAACAGGAGCUUUUCGACAGACUUUGACGUGGGACGCAUUCAAUACUCCUCGUUGUGUUGUGAAUUUGACGUUAGGUCGUUCCCUGGUGGCACCGUCUUUAGCGACAAUUCGUUGCGUCAACAUGGCGUACGUCGGGUAGUAUGCAUCUCCACCAAUGGCAUUCUGCUCCUGCGUCAUAGUGAUGAGGUGGGGAGGCUGCGCCGGGCUUUCAAGAGCCCGCUGCUCGGCGGCAGAGUCACAACAGGGUCAGACGUAAAUCACAUAGACAGCAUCGGCACACAGGAUCCCCGUGUUGCCGUGUUUCUCGCCUGGCCAGACGUCAUCGGUAUAAUCCAGUGCCGCGCGGAGUAUGGGACUGUUGUGGGCAUCAUGACAGGCUCGGGGCAGUCGUGUGACUACAUGCUGGAUGUCGAGAGCAAACGGAACAUGGAGUGGUUUAUUUCCUCGUCAGCGCAGAGUUACGUUAAACGUAACCGUAGACCCCCACAUGCCUAUGAAAUGCUCCCACUCUAUACUGUUCCUCGCGCGGAAAAUGUUCGCAAUGCGCUUAAGAAAACAGUGUUCGAUCCAAAACCCACUAUUGCACUUCGCUCAGUAAUGAAACGCUACGCAUGCGACGAUCUCCAUCUUGCCGUCGUACCAGAGAUCGCAGAGGCCUGCCGCCGCUUCGGUGACAACGCCAUCUACUUCUCUGGCGUGGCGUGGCGCUGCCGGGCGUCGGUGCUCAAGAAGAUGAAGCAGCAGCAGCAGCAGUUCCCACUCCCGCCGGAUUCACCAGUGAAGGAUGGGAACCCACCAAGGAGCUCGACGCACAAAGCGUUCAUCAUUGUUAUAACAAACUGCGCCAUUUAUUGGUGCACCAAUGACGGUCUUGAUAUUGUGCGGCGGACGGAGCUGCUUGACCUCAAGGAGGUGUACCUCAGCCGUGCUGAGCCUGAUGCCUUAUUGAUAACAGUUCCGAAGGAGUACGACAUGUACUUUAGCAUCGAUAAUCGUGGGAAUGAGUUUCUCGCGCAGCUGCAGGAAGCCUACGCACUGUGGACGGAUUACGAUUUGUACCUUCCUAACGAACGGCGUGGUUAUCGCCAUAACAUUGCCGAAUAUGCGCUUCCUACAACAACACUGACUCACAUUGCGUCGUUGGGGCAUCUGGAAAAGCCUUCGCAAUUCGACAAGAUGCAGGCGAACCGCUCUGCAAAGGAAACUAAAACGAGGAUGGAAUCUCUGCAUCGCCGCUACCUUGCAGCUGCUAUUGCUAAGCAUGAGGCAGCCUUGAAGACGGCUUCCAGGCGUCACCUACCGGAUAAAAGGUCUGACUCUGCAACCGAUACCGGGGCGUUUACAUGGGAAGAGGUGUAUAAGAGCCUCAACCUCUCAAAGACGGUGCUGGAGUUUGCGCACCGAAGGGCCUACCGUUUUUCCCUACGUAGCACCACGCACCACGAGGUGGCGCGUGCGCAAAUGCUCCUUGAUCAGUUCAUGAAAAUAGCGCUCGCAGUUGAGCAUCUGCAGAAGUCAAUAUUGACAGGGGACUUGGACAUGUAUGAGGCCGCCAUUGAGAGGGCGACAGAGCACGACUCCUUGCGGGUUUUGGUGGAGGUGCACCGCGAAAAGCACGAGAAACUGAAACGUCAGAAAUUUGCUGUGAAUGCAAUUACAGAGUUCCUCUGCAGCAGCACACGCCCCCCAUUGAAGGAAGCAGAAGGCACGCUACAGGCCUUAUUCGAGAAGGCAAUGGAAAGUGAUGUCCGGGUGGAUUUGCUUGACAAGUUGCGUCUUCGCGUUGAUCUCUGUGGCCAACAGGAAAAGUUCAUUGCACAGCUACAGGUGCAUCAGAGGGCCAUUGCUGCAGGAAUCGAAGAGAUGCCGACAGAGAAGGUGAUGGUGCUGCUUCUGGAGGCCGCCCGUCAGCUCGAGGUUCCCGUUUCCAGUGUGGAGGAGGCGUUCCCAAUUGCCACUGCUGGUGGCGUCUCGGGCAGCGAAAUCCAGGAAGAGAGUUCAAGGAAAACGAACAAGGCGACGCGUGACGCCAUUGAUGCAGCAGCGCUGUUGGGUGAUGCAGCUUUGCUGAAGUGUGUCCUGCGAUUUGCGGAGCGCUGCUCUUCCGACGAACUGACUGAGAAAAUUCGGUGGGGAUGGGAUCAGCUUGACAGGCACCGUGAACACCAUGCGGCCCACAACACGACAGAACGCCUUGUUGAACGUAUCACCGCCCGCCGAAAGAUACGCGAUUGGGGACUUGCAGAAGUUUUGGAGUUGCGUGGCUUCUGCGAGGAGGCGUUGCGUCAACUUCCGUCCGACCUGCCGUUUGCACGGCGGGAUCGACGCCUGAUGCAGCUGCAAAUGAGCAUUCUGGAGGAGGAGGAACACCGCCUUACGUUGCAUGGCUCCAUGCAGCGGCAGGCAAAGGAGGCGCAAGACCGCUACGAGGCGGAGCUGCGCCAGAAGGAGGAAUACGAGCGGCACGCGACAGAAAAGCGCGAGCGCCAGGAGGCCGAGGUGAGCCGGCGGCGGCGCGCAGAAUGCCUUCAGGUGUGGCAAAGUCGCACGCGCAAGUUGUGUGCCUCGCUUGAUGACGCGAUGCGAUCGAGUUCCUUCCCAUACGUACGACAGUACGUGCAGCAUUGCGUCGUCUUCCAGAAGGAUUUGCAGUGCGGGCCGUCCACGUACGCGACCUCCCCAGCUGAGCGAGGCGUUCAGCACUCUAUCGAUAAGAUGCUCGCUCACCUCAAAGCGGCCACGGCACGCGGGCAAGAGUUUCUCGCGGGCCACGGAACGGGGACCGGGAACUACGCCGCGUUGGACCUUACGGACGGCAGCGCGGAGGGUGCGGCAGUAGUGCCGCCCGAACUGCAGCAACUCAUCGACACGCACAAGCCACGGGAAUUGGUGGAGUACGUCCAGUCCCACGAGGGAGAAUUGAUGGCAGACGUCAUUGCCAAAGUGCGGACUCUAUGGUUGGCGUCGGCCGAGCAGCGCCUCUGGGUUUCUCGGCUGCACCGCGGCAUCCACAACGCCUUCACACUGAAGAAUACGGAGCUGCUGCAGACCCAUAUUGACGCGGCGAGGGCGGCCGGAUACAUGGACGACGUUGUGGAUGGCGCCAUCGAAGUGCUCGCGGCGAUGCGGGCCCGGCAGCAAGCGGCUGUAGUGACGGGUAGCAGCAACAGCAAAAACGGUGGCGGCGAAGACGAAGACGAAGGUAAAGACCCACCGCAGGCGAAGAGAGAGACGCCGAUGUUGGCCGAAGAGAGUGACACACAUGAGGGGGCGCCGCUCAUUCUGGAGGUCUCACGUGUGUACGACCCACACUCGGCUGAGCCCGCGGAGCGAUUGAUGGGUCAGCUGCACGUCGCCACACUGGAGAUGCUGCAGUUCACCGGCAAGCGUCCCCUCGACGAGGCGGCGAAGUCGCGUGAAGGGUAUGAAAAGAAAUUGUCUGAUGUCGUGCAGCUGUGGCACAGUGUGUUUCACCAUCGUUUGAAGCCCUCUGGGAGCCUUUUUCGCAAGACGGAGCGUGACGUUUUCGACUUCCUGCGGUUUGUUGGUCAGUACAAUGUGUCCGGGGAUUAUCUGGCGCCCUACACGAACCGUCUGUUGAGCGAUUUCGAGCGCAUCAAGAAGUACAACGCCACGAGGGGGCGGAGCAGCAGCUACAUUCUUAUCGCCUACAUGUUGCAGCAAAAGUUGCUGGAGCGCGCUGUGUACGAGAUUGCGCAGCUUGGGCCGAGAGGCAGGGGUGAGGUUCUCUUCAAGGAUGCCUUGCUCAACUAUGGACUGCAUGACCUGCUGGUGCUGGCCCGCUUGGGUGAGCAGGCUGACUGGUCGUCGAUGGUGAGCGGCGCGUCCGCGGCGUACAACCCUAUUGCACGCGAAAUGACGGUGGAUGAAAAAAUCGGUGUCGGCACCACGCCGGGUGAGCAGCAGGGGAAACUGGGUGAUGUGCCGCGGCCAGUGGUGCUGCAAUACUGCAUCGAGCUGCUGCGGUCCGCUGUCGGUGCCCUGUCGAACUACUUCGCCCACGAGCUUGCGGUGCUCGGCCUUCACGCGUCUGCGGAGAACGCCCGGGGCCUCUUCGACGAGGGGCUGCACAAGGAGAGCGGCCUCAUCGUGCAGGAGCGGCUCCUUCCCGCCGUGGUCGCCCUCCUCGGUGCCGGCUUCCGCACCUCCCACGGCCUGGUGCGCACCCACCGCGUGUGGGACGCGGUGAAGGAGUUUGCUGCGCACCUGCAGGAGGGCACUAGGGACCUGAAUGGCGUGGCGGUGGGUGGCGCGCUGCAGCUCGUCUCGGCCAUCACCGACGAAGAGGGGCGGAACCGCAAUCGGCUGCAGCGUCUCAACGGGGACGAGCUCGCGGACAUGCGGCUGCGCAUGUUCUUGAUUGAGUGUCUCAACCGUCGCGUACUCGCUGCGUUCCUGCAGGUAUUCUUCCAGGGCGAGGAAGGCACCACACGUUGGGCCACGAAGGAUGGUUUGUGGAAGUUUUACGAUCGUCAGCAGUGUGUCUGUUUCCCACCCGAUGACGAGGGAACCAAAGACUUGAUGGACGUCAUCGCAAUGGUGUCUGAGCUACCCUUCGUGUUGGUGGUUGACCGCGAGCUGUGGUAG